AUGUCUCAAGGCAUUUACCUUACAGAUGCUCCUGUGAGAAGACCAGCUCCAGUUGGGAACCCAUUGCUGAGGAAAGUGCAACGUGCUUGUAGAUUAUCUUUGCCCGAGCCAGAUCUGGCAUUGAACCUGGAUGUGGCCGAUUAUAUCAAUGAGAAGCAAGGUCCCUGUCCUAGAGAUGCGGUCAUUGCCAUUGUCAAGCUAAUCAACAGCAGAGACACACAUACUGCAGUUUUCGCUUUGGCCCUAUUGGAUGUGUUGGUCAAGAAUUGUGGGUACCCAUUGCACUUACAAAUAUCUCGUAAAGAGUUUUUGAAUGAGUUAGUCAAGAGAUUCCCUGAGCAUCCUCCUUUGCGUUAUUCUAAAGUGCAGAGAUUGGUUCUUACUGCGAUUGAAGAAUGGUAUCAGACUAUCUGCAAACAUGCUGCAUACAAGGAUGAUCUGGGUUUUAUCAGGGACAUGCAUAGAUUGCUCAAAUACAAGGGCUAUGUUUUUCCAAAGAUCAACGAGUCAGAUUUGUCAGUUCUAAGACCUAGUGAUCAUUUAAAGUCACCGAGCGAGAUUCAGAAGGAGCAAGAAGUUGCACAGGCUGCUAAGUUGGAAGAAUUGAUCAGACGUGGUAGACCAGAAGAUUUGAGGGAAGCUAACAAGUUGAUGAAGGUCAUGGCGGGAUUCAAGCAGGAUAAUGCCAACGAGGCAAAACAGACUAUCGCUAACGAGUUGAAUAAGUUGAAGAGGAAAGCGGACUUGCUGAACGAAAUGUUGAGCUCUACUGAUAGUCCAGAUUUACAGGAUGACACUAUUUCUUCAUUGUAUUCUAACCUCAAAGGCGCCCAACCAAAAUUCCAGAAAAUCAUCGAAGAAGAACAUGAGGAUGAUAAUUUGGUACAAGAUCUGUUGAAAUUUAACGACACGGUCAAUCAGUUGUUGACUAAAUUCGAUCUUCUUAAAGCUGGCGACUCCACCUCUGCUUCACAAAUCCAUCCUUCAAACAUUGCUACAUCACCUGAACCGACCACCAUUGGUAGCUCCGGUGGCGCUUUAGCCAAGGAGAUCAAUUUGAUAGAUUUCGAUGACGACAAUGAGACAACCUCAUCAUCUCCUGCUCCAGCACAGACUGGUUCAGGUGAUGUCGUGGCAGAUCUGCUCGGCGAUUUGUCUGACCUAUCGGUCUCUUCAAACUCUAAUGCCCAAAAUUUUGGCCUGGGUGGAAGCAUCGCAUUGGGCUCAUCUCAAGCAACCACUGAAGUUUCCGGUUCUUCCAACUUGGACUUAUUGGGUGGCUUCUCCUCAUCAGGUAACGCUGCUCCUGCCUCCGCUGCUCUACAAGGUAAGGCAAACGAUUUUGAUCUACUUGGAGACUUUGUUCGUUCUUCCUCCGCCGCUCCUUCGAAUACGACCAUUUUGGUCAACGAGUCCAAGAAUUUAAAGAUCGAAUUUGAUGUUACUAGAGAAUCAUCCUCAACAAUCAAGGUGAAAACUUUUUUCUCAAAUGUCUCUUCAGCUUCAAUUUCUGACUUGGAAUUUUUAGUGGCAGUACCAAAGAGUAUGACUUUAAGGUUGCAACCGCAGUCGGGUAGUUUCCUAGGUGCAUUUACCAAUAAGGCUGUAACUCAGGAAGCUUACAUAGACAAUGCUCAAGCAAACUCACCAAAUCCUCUAAAAGUUAAAUGGAAGGCUACCUAUAAAAUAAACGGGAAGUCGAUCGAUGAGACUGCUAUCUUUAUCCUUCCCAAAGUGUAA